CUAAUCUCCCCCUCUUUUUUUCUUUCUCGCCUCCCUCCCACUCUUCCCUCUCUCUCUCCCUCUCUUUCACACCGACAGAUGAGUUGAGUUGCUCAGUAAGGCAGUUUAAAUGUGUGUGCAUCGCUCCGCGCAAGACCCAGCCACGCAUACAGCCAAGAGAAAAGGAGAGAGAGAGAAGGAGAGAGGGAGAGAGAGAUUUGGGACCGUAGCAUGGAGAGAGGGAGGGCAGAGUUGAAAGAGUGCGAGAGGCAGCUAGAGGGGGAGUGUGGAGAGACAGAGAGAGAGAAGAGAGAGAAGGAGAGGGAAGAGGAAUGUCACACAUAAGCAUGAGACACAGCACAGAGAGGACAGGAGACCUGGCGCUGUACUCUCGCUUUGAGCUCUGAGCUUUUUGAUCUACCGUUCGAUUCACCUUCUCGGAGCAUAAACGCCUCCUCUGUGGAUUGACUCAGCUCUCGGACCAUUCCAACCCGAGACGUGUGAGUCUGCUUCUGUGUGGACCACAACCAGUCCUUGGAUCCUCGGGAAGAAUGCCUGUGCUGAACGGGCUAUGGACCGGCGUGAGAGAACAGACUCUGGAGGGGUCCGGGUCGGAGUCCGGCUCCGGGUCGGGGGCCAUUCCGGCCUGGGUUUGGCCCCUGGGGGCACCGGUACCGUGUGGGAGACUCCCUCUCGAGCUCCCGGCACUCCUGAAACGCAUUCGGACUGUAUGGAGGGCUAGAUUGGCCCUCUUUGGCCCCCGUAGGGCAGAGGUUGCCUCUGACAGAGAGGACACCUGCUCCUGCCUCACAGGAGAUGGAAGACUGAGAGGGCAAACAGUUAUUCUGUCUGAGCGCAGAGGCUCCUACCCGCUCAUAGACCUGCGGUUGUUGAACAACACUACCCAGCAGGGAGAGACAGGCAGCAGGCGUAAGCUGAAGAGGCUACUAAGCUUCCAGAGGUACUGCCACGCCUCCCGCCUGCUCACCGGCCUCUCCCCACACACCUCUCUACACCUGCUGGACGACGACUAUCAUGCACAGGCCGGGCACAUGCUAUCAAAGGUUGGAACAUGGAACUUUGACAUUUUCCUGUUCGAUCGACUUACCAAUGGAAACAGCUUGGUUACGCUUAUGUGCCACCUCUUCAACGUGUAUGGCCUCAUUCAGCACUUCCAGUUAGACAUGGUCAAGCUGCACAGAUUUCUAGGGAUGGUGCAAGAAGACUACCAUUCCCAGAAUCCCUAUCACAAUGCUGUGCAUGCUGCCGAUGUGACUCAGGCUAUGUACUGCUACCUGAGAGAGUCAAAGUUGGCGGAACUCCUGACCCCUCUGGACAUGUUCCUGGCUCUGAUGGCGGCCGCAGCUCAUGAUGUGGAUCACCCCGGAGUCAAUCAACCCUUCCUCAUCAAGACCAAACACCACCUUGCCAGCCUCUACCAGAAUACCUCUGUGCUGGAGAGUCAUCACUGGCGCUCCACAGUGGGGAUGCUGAGGGAAUCUGGCCUGCUGUCUCACCUACCACCGGAAGAGACGCAGGACAUCGAACACCAGCUGGGCUCCCUGAUCCUGGCGACAGACAUCAGCCGCCAGAACGAGUUCCUCUCCCGCUUCAGAGCACACCUGGACCAGCAGGAUCUCAACCUGGAGGACACGCAGCACAGACACUUCAUACUGCAGAUUGCCCUGAAGUGUGCUGACAUCUGUAACCCGUGUCGUGUGUGGGAGCUGAGCAGGCAGUGGAGUGAGAGAGUCUGUGAGGAGUUUUAUAGGCAAGGCGACCUUGAGCGCAAGUUUGACCUUGAGAUCAGUCCUCUCUGUAAUCAACAGUCCGACUCAGUUUCUGCCAUUCAGAUUGGGUUCAUCUCCUACAUCGUGGAGCCGCUGUUCGAGGAGUGGAUGCGCUUCACCGACGGCAGCGAGCUGACAGAGAGCAUGAUGGGACACCUGCGGAAGAACAAGGCGCGCUGGAGGCAGCUCAGACAGGAGCCGCAGCCCGGCUCUCCACUCCAGGAGGAAGUCGAGGGAGCAGAGGAUUCUGGGACGCCGUGAACCUCCUCUCCAGAGGGCCUUUUUCAGAGGAGGCACUUUUUUCAAAACCUCCAUCUCUUGCUCCUCACUGCUUCUUCCCUGUAGCUUCCUGUCAGCUGAAGGCGUUGAGGUUUUUUUUGAGGAGUAAUACAGGCAGGGUAUAGUGCACCCUUGCGGAUGGAGGACCAAGUCUGAUCAUAGAUGGAGUAAGAAGCAGAGAGAUGAAGCCAAAUAAACCAAAAACCUCAACUUCAACUCUGACUAAUGUAUCUUUUUGGGAUUUUCCUUUUUUUAUUUCUUAAGAAAGAAAAAAAAAACACUUCCAUAGUUUUUAAUGGAUUCUUUCUGGGGGGAAUAUGAAGAGCCAUUCAAAUGUGUGUUUACCCAUGAUGCAACACUGCAGCACUGGAUGCAACUAAAGGACAUUUUUAAAGGGAACCAGAAGUAAAAAUAGUCAGCUGGACUGCACAAGAUUGAAGCUAACCCGAAACAGGAAGUAUCUGAAGACAUACAAAGUGUACAGAUGAAUAUGCCCUUUCUAGAGGAUCUUUAAAACAAAAUAAAGACAUUCCUUCAUAUUUUACCUUUUUUUGUACAGCUUGCACUGACAGUAAAUGAUAAUCGAUUUUAAUUUUCAAAUUCUUUCCACUGUACAGCCUUUUUAAGACAAGCCUAGGAGAAGACAUGAGAGAGAGAGGGUGAAAGAGAGGAGGAAUCUAUGAAAUGAAACAUACAUGUUCAAGGAUCACUGUUGUGUUACUGUAUAUUGUGAGUAUACAGUGGCUUGCAAAAGUAAGUAACCCCCUGAGUGUCAUCACCAUUUUCCCAAUUACAAAAGCAACUAACACACAUUUCCCCAAUCAGUAUUUUUAUUGUGAACAUUUAUGCUGUAGUAUAGUGUAGUAUACAAAGGCGCAAUAAAAGUUAAAUAUAAGUAAGAAAAUGUAACACUGCCAAUGCCUGAAGAAACCCCAGCCCAAUCGACAAAAAUAUCGCAGUGGUAACAUCAUGCGGUGGGGAUAUUUCUCAUCUGUAGGAACUGGGAAACUUUUUAGAAUGAAUGGAAAUAAUCAGUAGGACAAUGACCUAGGUACAAGGUGACACUGAAGUGGCUCAUAAACAGUAAAGUGAAUAUUCUAGAAUGGCUCAGUCAAAGCCCUGAUCAAAAUCCGAAUGAGAAUCUGUGGUACUACAUUCCAGGACCGCUGUCCUAUCAACCUAGAUGUUUUAUAGAAAUUCUACCAAGAAGAACACUGCAGAACAAUAUACAAAGCUGGUACUGUCUCACAUCAAAAGACUUAAGGCUUUUAUGGCAUCAGAUGGAGUAUUGACUGUAUUAGAGGUAGAGGUUGACAUUUAAAUACUCCAUCUGAUGCUUUUAUGGCAUCAGAUGGAGUAUUGACUGUAUUAGAGGUAGAGGUUGACAUUUAAAAUUUUAUUUUAGUAGACACAUAACCUAUUUAGACUUAAAUAUACUGCAGCAUAAGUGUUCACAAUGAAAAUACGGAUUGGGAAAAUAUGUGUAAGUAUCUUGUGUGAAUCAGAAAAUGCUGUUGGCUUUCAGGGGGGUUGAGUACUUUUGCAAGCCACUGUAUAUUGUUCCCCUGGUUCUUAUGUCACUAUGUAUUGCUUCCAUUGGUUUAAGUCAUAAGAGAGAACCAGGCAUAAGGACAUCUCCAUGUUUAAUACAAUUCUCUCAGCAUUGUUUCUUUGACACAUGAUUACACUUCCAAACUACAAGCCUUAACAUCAGCAAAUAUCUUUUUUACCAAGUGGUGUAAAUUAUUCCAUUGUUCUUUCUGAUUUUGUUAACAGUCACUGCCUCCAAACUACUUUCUACUGCCACCACACAAAGUUAAUGUCAUUUACUUUCCCUAACUGCUCUAUACCGGCUCUAUAUGUAAUCUAUAUCUUCAACACCUAUAUACACUAUUUUUUAUUGCCAACAUUUUUUAAGCAAGCCAAUACCGUAACCCUAAGCUUAUCCAGGUGUUAAUCUUUGUAAACACAAGAGUGAAACUCAGCACGGUGAGGACCGAUCCAGUGUCAUUUAAGUGUCAAACGGUUUAUAAUCUCACAAGGUAAUUAAUCAGUCAGGAUGUUUUUCUCCCACAGCCAAAUACUUGUUUAGGUUUCUCUGGAUGUUUCUGUUUGAGCUCUGUACCCCCUGCUUAACCUCCUUUCUCAGAUGUCUUAAAGGAUUCAAUGGUGACUGUUGUCAUGGUGACCUUGACCCAACAGAGUGCUGUCUUUCAGACAAAUUUGUGUCUGUGCGGUACUGAGGUAGAGAUGAUCAUCAGACUGGAUAAACUUUGAAGGACAUGGUGAAAAACAUCAAUGAGUGUGGUUCCUUAUGCUAAAGUCUAUAAUACUUUCAAAAACGCUUAUAUGACCCUACAAGUUAAGAGGGUUAUUCUUAUACCUUUAAGAUUUUUAAACAUACACUUGGGUUGUGCUUAAAUUGUGCACAGGCCGUAAACUUCAGUUCAUCUGGCCCUUUGUAUCCAAAUGUCAGUGAUGUUAACUUUUUUUCUUUUCAAGUUACAGUACACCCAUGACUACUAUCUAACUGACCUUCAUACACUGUGAUGAAUAAAAAAAAAAUGUUAUUAAAUUUUA